AUGAAUAUUGAGUUGAUUUGUAUGAGCACAUCAGAAGGAUAUGAAUUUUUCGCUCAGAAAAAAUUGCGCCGUCUGGUAACAAUUGGUAACAAUUUUACUGCGAACAAUUCGAUAAUUCGUCAGCCGUUAUGCUUAUCGAUAAGGAUUUUCGAUGUGAAUUUCAUAUUCAAAGACCAUAUGACCAUAAAUGGACAAAAAAAAUCCCAAAAAACAAACAAAAAAAACACCAUAAUAGCUGUUCAAGUCAAAAAAGAAGUGGAAUUGUCCAAAUUAGAAGAGGAAAAGAAAAAAUCACCACCGAAAAAGAUAUAA